AGGGGUGGACAAUGGAGGAGGCCAGGCUGUUCGGGCUGUUGGCCUCCGUCUAUCCCUCCGUGCGCCGCCUGCAGCAGUUCGUUGCGGAGAUCAGCGAAGCGGCAGGAGUCGCGCCGCCGGCUUUGCUGGAAAGCAGCGACAGCGGGCACUACCGGCGCUUCAUCUCCCAGCUCAUCGUGUGUGUUCCCGGGGAGGCAAAGGCUGUGUGCCGGCCGCUCACCUUUCAGCAGCUAUCUGCACAAAGUGAUGUGGUUUUGCGAGUAAUUCAAAGGAUUUGCGACAAGGGAAAAAGGAAUGUGCUAAGCUUUGGCUACGCAUGUGUAAAUGAAUCAAGCUUCAUACCUAUCCAAUCUGCCCCCAACAUCUGUAGUUACCGACCAAAUCCCACCACUGUUACUAUCAAGAACAGUAUCCUGUGGAGAACGCUGCUCAGCCGAAUUGGAGACAACGUCAUGAUGUAUUUGUUGGAACACUGCUCCCUAUUUAUGCUGGUUCCACCAAGCUGCUGCUUUCAGUUAUGUGGAGUUCCCAUCUAUAGCCUCACUGUAAGUGGCACUAAACUCACUUCUACCUGGCUGAGACAGAGCCCAGCCAAACACUGGUGCAAUAUUUCACUAAAGUGCAUCCAAAAGAAAGUUCAAUUUUAUAAAGGGCUCCUGUCCAAGGACAGGAAACGGAAGGAGGGAUUAGCCAGAACCAGCAAUGGAGCACGAGCUGCUGUCUCCUGCAGACAGAUGCGUCAAACCACCCUCAGUGGUCCCACGAGCAAAUCCGUCAAGAAGCCUGGGCUUGAAGUUGUCGUUGCCAAGUGGCUGCCAAAGGUCGCCGUGGAUGUAAAGUCACGGAAAAGAUGUCGGAGUGAUGAUAACGUUGCGCCCCCUGCAAAGAGGGUAAGAGUCAGGCAGCCAUCAGUGUUGCUGGAAGGUACAUCAGCUCAUUCAGCAGAAAGUAAGUUAAACAUCUCCUCAGAAAUAACCGAGCAAUCUGGCAGGCCAACUGAUCGAACAAGUAACAGAGCCCGUGUAUGGAAAGGAGAAGGUGGCAACAUUGACAAAUGUGAACCCAAAGAUCUCAAAUUCGGUGCCUGCGUGAACACAGCGGCGGAAAGCCCUGGGGUAGGCCAAGGUUCUGGUGCCGAUACAGCUGAACUGGUUGAAGGGAGAGGAAUUGAAAGCAAUAGGACUGGACACUCUGUGCCUAAUGAAGUGAUUAUUUCUUCUGUUGAUGGCGUUGUGGCUCCUGGGGAAAAUUCAGAACACAAAAGGCCACAGACCAAAAUCUCAACAGCAGAAGGUGAAUCUAUGAGGAAUGGUGAUAACCAAACUGUUGCAGAAACUGGAGAACAACAGAACAGUACGGAGGUAGACCAAGUGAGAAUCGGGGACUCUAAUCAAAGUGGCAGAUUCACAGCUAGAAUUAUAAGCAGUAAGCAAAACACUAAAUCUGCCUCUGGAAGGAACAUUGAUGCACUCAGACCACGUGAAGGGACAGGUAGUAUGUUAACAAACCCUCUAUUUGCAGGACCGUUACCGCAAACCUCCACAAAUGCUGAAACACUGAGGAAUAGAAGAAAAUGGGCUACAACUUAUAUUGAAAGAGGAAGUAUAAUGUAUUGUAGUAACCGCAGGGAACAGUUGCCAGACACAUUUAUACUAAAUCGUUUGCAGGGCUUGAGCACAGGUGGUCAAAGGCUGGUGAAAUCUAUCUUCUUAAACAGUGAUACAUUUGAGAAGAAGAAACCACGAGUGCAGCCUAAUAGUUACUGGAGAAAGAAGAGAUUUCCAAAGCGCUAUUGGCAGAUGAGAGGGAUUUUCUUCAGACUGCUGAGGAACCAUAAGCAAUGCCCUUACCCGCACCUGUUAAUGAGAAAUUGCCUUGUGAAUGUUAAGAAAGGAAGAAAAAUCUUUGGUGCUUCAAGUAUUGUGAGAAAUAUUGGGUCCAAUUCUUUCCCUGUCACAAAGGUGGAUCGGAGUAGUCAUGAUAUAGAAUUGAAAGACAGCGGUCCUGUUGGUGAAGCCAUUCACCCAACUCCAAAACAGGAUGAGUUAUUGAGUAAGAAUGUAAAGGCUCAUACUUCAAUGAGAACAGCUCUUCGUGGACGCAGUUCUACUGUCGGAAGCAACUUGAAGGAGCAAGCAGACCCUUUGAGAUCUUUGCAACGUCCUGGCCACUGGUCGCAGACAGGUCAUCUACCUGAAGCUGUAGCAAUGAACCAUCAAGCAGAUGGGAAGGUCACUGUGUCAAUAGACUGUGACUGUAUUGAAGAUUCACCUGGCUCGGACACAGACUUGCUGUGUUUGCUCAAGCAGCACAGCAGUCCAUUUCAGGUCUACCGAUUUGUGAGAGAAUGUCUGCUUAAAGUCAUACCAGAUGAACUGUGGGGCUCCAACCACAAUAAGUGUAGGUUCCUGAAGAACGUGAAGAUGUUUAUUUCCUUGGGGAGAUUUGACAAAUUCUCUUGCAGUGAGCUAAUGUGGAAGAUGAGGGUGAAUGAUUGUACGUGGCUUCGGCUAACCAAAGGCCCGCACUUUGUUCCUGCCUCGGAGCACCAGUUGCGUGAAGAAAUCCUGGCUAAGUUUCUCGUUUGGUUAAUGGGCACCUAUGUGGUACAACUGCUCAAGUCUUUCUUCUAUGUCACGGAGACAACAUUCAUGAAAAACAUGCUUUUCUACUACAGAAAACGUGUCUGGAAUGAGGUGCAGAGGAUUGGAGUACGGAAUCACUUCGCUAAAGUACAGCUGCAACCAAUCUCGAGCAAAGAAUUGGAACAGAAAUGGCAGCAGAAAACCUUCUUACCCCCUUCUAGCUUACGCUUUAUUCCCAAGAGAAAUGGAUUGCGACCAAUAGUGAGGAUGCGGAACACGGUCGCACCACCGUUCUCCAGGAAAGUGAGCAGUUUCCGGAAGAUCCAACGCUCAGGCUCCCAGAUGAAGAUCCUGUUUGGUGUGCUCAAUUAUGAAUGUCAACAGAAUCCAGCCCUAAUGGGCUCUUCAGUCUUCGGCCUUGACGCUAUAUACAAGGCAUGGAGGGAAUUUGUGUUGCAGAGCUCGAAAGCUGGAAAACUGAGAGGGAAUCGUCCUUAUUACUUUGUGAAAGCAGACGUUACUGGUGCCUAUGACACCAUUCCUCAUGCCAAAUUAAUGCAAGUGGUUUCAGGAAUACUGAAUCCCUCCAUGCAAGACAGUUACUGCAUCCGGCGUUACACCAAGGUUUGGGUGGAUUCCAGUGGACAAAUUCAAAAAUCUUUCAAAAACCAGGUUUCCACAAUGAAGGAUCUGUUACCAAACAUGAAGGAAUUUGUGUCCCACCUACAGCAGGAAGCCUCUCUGCAAGACACUAUCUUCGUUGAACAGGGUCUGACAUUGAAUGAAAGCUCUGGGCAGGUGUUCGGUUAUUUCAAGCAAAUGAUUGAGAACAGUACCAUCAGAAUUCGGAAUAAAUACUAUGCUCAGUGUUGUGGGAUCCCUCAGGGCUCUCUUCUCUCCACUUUGCUGUGCAGCUUGUGUUAUGGCGAUAUGGACAAGAAGCUCCUCAGUGGAAUUCAGGAGGAUGGGUUGAUGUUGCGGUUGGUUGAUGACUUCUUGCUGGUUACUCCUCACUUAGCGCACGCCAAAAGCUUCCUAAGAAUACUGGCUGCAGGGAUCCCAGAGUACGGCUGUUUCAUCAACCCCCAUAAAACAGUGGUCAACUUUGUUCUUGAUGAGAACCUUCCGGGCUGCAGCAAAACCACGUCAUUGCCGGAACAUUCUCUCUUUCCUUGGUGUGGUCUACUCUUUGAUACUCAGACGCUUGAAGUCUAUGGUGACUAUUCCAGCUAUGCAAACACCUCCAUCAGGUCCAGUCUGACUUUCAGCUGUCGUUCAGAAGCUGGGAAGAAUCUGAGGAGGAAGCUACUGGCUGUCUUGAAGUUGAAGUGUCAUCACAUUUUCCUGGAUCUGGAGGUUAAUACAUUGAGAACAGUUAACAUCAACAUCUACAAGCUAUUUCUUCUCCAGGCUUACAGAUUCCAUGCUUGUGUUCUACGACUCCCAUUCGGCCAAAAAGUAAGAGACAACCCGUCGUUCUUUCUUGAGGUCAUCUCUGAUAUGGCUGUUUGUUGCUACUCCAUACUGAAAGCUAAAAACCGAGGGAUACCUCUAGGAUUCAAAGAUGCAGCUGGUCCUUUUCCUUAUGAAGCUGCCCAUUGGCUUUGCUAUCAAGCUUUCACUGUGAAAUUGUCCAAUCACAAGGCAGUUUACAAGUGUCUACUGGGACCCCUGAGAACCUGCAGGGCCGAGUUGCAGCAAAUUCUACCUCCUGACACAGUCCAGCUGCUGCAGUCUAUAACCCAACCAGAGCUUCAUCAAGAUUUUGCUGCCGUCAUGGAUUGAAGUGAAACUGGAAAUACUUGCAUAUGGAAAUGCUGGAAUGGGAAAUACUGGAAGAAAUCAACCAAGAAAUUGAACUGAUAGUGCUAAUUUCUUGGCAGUACAUUUCAUAGUUUGCACGCUAUUAUCAGAAUCCUGAGAUCACCAGAUGAGGCUCCCCUGUCAUCUGCUAGAUCUUAAAAUUUGUAUUGUGCUCAUUGACGUUUGUUUUUCUUCAGAUCAUUGGAAACUAUCUGGGACUAUGUGCCGAGGAGCGCACUAAAGCUUGAGGCGUCUGUUGCCAAAACGCAGUGGGGGAAAACCAUUGUCCAAGGUCUUUCUGCCAAAAUGUAAUGAGGAUUUGUUACAUUUCGAGGUCCCCUCAUAGCCUUAAUGGGAAUGUAAACAGUUUCCUUUCACAUUUUGAAAAUGCCUCCUAUUGUUGCAACCAGAUUGAAGCUUCAAUGAGGAAUGUCAAAAUUCAAGUGCAUUUUCUGCAAAGUCUG